CGGGCGGCGGUCACCGGAGGCCCAGCGGGCGGCUGACGGAGGGGCGGACAGCCGGGGCGGCGGGGCUGUGCCGCGUCGUCGCCAUGACAGAUCAGACCUACUGUGAUCGCCUGGUCCAGGAUGCGCCUUUCCUGAUGGGCUCUGGGCGCCUGAGCGAGCAGCAGGUGGACAGGAUCAUCCUGCAGCUCAACCGCUACUACCCGCAGAUCCUCACUGACAAGCAGGCGGAAAAGUUCCGGAACCCCAAGGCAUCCCUCCGCCUGCGGCUUUGUGACCUCCUGAGCCACCUGCAGCACAGUGGUGAGCGUGACUGCCAGGAGUUCUACCGUGCCCUGUACAUCCAUGCCCAGACACUGCACAGCCACCUGCCCAGCCGCCAGGCUCUGCAGAACUCAGAUUCCACAGAGCUUGACUGGGGCCACGAGAGCUACGAGCUGAGUGACAGGGGACCCAUGAGCUUCCUGGCAGGCUUGGGCCUGGCCACAGGCCUGGCGCUCCUCCUCUACUGCUGCCCACCAGAUUCCAAAGGGCUGCCGGGCGCCCGGCGCAUCCUCGGCUUCUCGCCCGUCAUCAUCGACAGGCACGUCAGCCGCUACCUGCUGGCCUUCCUGGCAGAUGACCUGGGGGGGUUCUGACGGACCCAGACUCAGGUCCUGAUGCCAGUCCCCACUCAUCACUCAACCAAAGAGGGCCCAGGCCACUUGCCCAGGGCCCAGUACUUCUUUUUCUAAAUGUGUAUUUUUCAUUAUUUAUAACUUGUUUAAGAAGCUUAUCACCUUUACCCUGUAAGGUGCUUAAUGUAUUAAAUGUUCAUGUUCUUUCA